CUUCCAGUGAGCCAGGGCCAGCAGUUUGGUGGCUACCAUCACCUGAGCUCUCCCGACCACAAGCGGGUGCUGACCGGAAGUCAGGCCGACACGGUGGAUAAAAACAUCAAGGUGACCUUGGAGAACAGGGAGCUGUGGGGCAAGUUCCACUCCCUGGGAACAGAGAUGAUUAUUACCAAGACUGGACGGUGA